AUUGUUUCAGAUUUUUAGUGCGAAAUAGCAAAAGGUAGUGCGCAAACUCGCCGGUCGCGGUCUUCUUCACUGCCAAAUCUAGGGUUCUCUUUGGUCUCUGUUGCGUUUCAGGUGCCUUCCUACUGAAACGCCGUCGUUUUCGUCCCCUAUCCUUCUUCCCCGUCUGGUAAUUCGUUGAAAUGAAGCUCACUGUGAAGACCCUCAAGGGAAGCCACUUCGAAAUUAGGGUUCAGCCCACCGACACCGUGAUGGCUGUCAAGAAACAUAUUGAAGAUAUCCAAGGAAAGGCUAAUUAUCCUUGUGGUCAGCAAUUAUUGAUACACAAUGGUAAAGUUCUAAAAGAUGAAACUACGCUGGCAGAAAACAAAGUAUCUGAAGAGGGUUUCCUAGUUGUCAUGCUCAGCAAGAGCAAAACGUCUGGCUCAGCAGGGCAGUCAUCGACUCAGACUGCUCAAAACCCACCUGUAGCUCAACCAAUUAUAAAUUCAACUCCUACCCAAGUUGCACCAUCUCCGACUCCUGCACCUCAAGCUCCCGCACCAGCCCCGCCAUCUGCCCCUAAGAACACUACAUCUACUUCAGACAGGGCGACAGAUAAUGUGCAAACAGAUACGUACGGUCAAGCUGCUUCAAAUUUGGUCGCUGGUAAUAACCUGGAAGAGACCAUUCAACAAAUAAUGGAUAUGGGAGGUGGCAACUGGGACAGAGAAACAGUUGUUCGUGCACUAAGAGCUGCAUACAACAAUCCAGAGCGUGCAGUGGAUUACUUGUACUCCGGUAUCCCGGAAUCUGCAGAAGUUGCAGUACCAGUGGGUCGUUUUGGUUCUGGUCAAGCCACUGGAACUGAUGGAUCCCUUCCUGCACCUGCCUCUGGAGCACCCAACACAGCCCCCUUGAACAUGUUUCCUCAGGCACUUCCUGCUGGUGGCGGCAGCGGUGGCGGCGGUAAUCUUGGAUCUCUUGAAUUCCUUAGAAACAAUCCACAGUUUCAAGCCUUGCGGACGAUGGUGCAUACAAACCCUCAAAUCUUACAGCCCAUGCUUCAAGAACUUGGAAAGCAGAAUCCCCAGCUUUUGAGACUCAUUCAGGAUCAUCAUGCAGAGUUCCUUCAGUUAAUUAACGAACCUGUCGAUAAUUUUGAGGGAGAGAUGUUUGAACAGGCUGACCCGGACAUGCCUCAUGCCAUUAAUGUCACUCCAGCCGAACAGGCAGCCAUCGAACGACUCGAGGCGAUGGGAUUCGAUAGAGCCUUAGUCAUUGAGGCAUUUUUGGCGUGCGAUCGCAACGAGGAACUAGCAGCUAACUACUUACUGGAGAAUUCUGGAGAUUUUGAUGACUAACCAACAAACAAAGAAUUAAUGUUAACCGCACUGUAUUCAUUAUUUUUGGUGCUAAGGUGAAUUGGUAUCCUUGUCAGCAUAUUCUUCUUCACUUUUUGAGUCUUCUUUGCAUUACAUUUUAUAUACUGUACUAAUAAAUAGGAAAUUUAAUUAUUCUCUAGUAUGGUCAGAAUUGGUAUUU